UUUCGUCCUGUAUCAUCGUCCAUUCAUACUACAUCAUGCGUUCUGAAAUAUAAUCGUAAUCGUAAGCCUAAGAGAGACCCCAAUUUGUUGACUCCUUUGGAUCCUGAGGAUAAAAAUUUUAAAAUUGAAAAAGCGCUCAAUCAUUUAAAAAAAAAAUCUGAUAUAAAUAAAUGGACCAAUCCAAAAAAACUUUUCGAUGUUGUUGAUGACGAUUUUACACAAAGACAGCCAAAAUUAUCUGACGAUUUGUUUGAAAAAAAGACAAAUUCUUCCCUAUCGCAAAUUGCGAUGGAAUAUGAUCUAAAUCCCAUAGUUGAUUCGGUUGAUGAAAUUGACCUUUUUCCAAAGUAG